AUGAAGCCGGUAAAACGGGAUGAAGCAGUAAGUCAGAGGCUUCGCGUUCCCACCACAGGAUUUAAGCAAGAAAAAAUGGUAGAGAUGAAUGUGCAUCGUCCAUUGUGUUAUUUUGAUAUAACCAUCGACAAUGAACCAGCUGGAAGACUUGUCUUCGAACUGUUUUCAGAUAUUUGUCCAAAGACGUGCGAGAAUUUCCGUAGUCUCUGCACAGGUGAAAAGGGCAUUGGAAAAAAAACCAAAAUGCCAUUGCAUUACAAGAAUUGCACUUUUCAUAGAGUCGUGAAGGACUUCAUGAUACAAGGAGGGGACUUCAGUGAGGGAAAUGGAAGAGGUGGAGAAUCUAUAUAUGGAAGAUUCUUUGAAGAUGAAAACUACUUUAUCAGUCAUGAUAAGGAAUUUAUGCUUUCAAUGGCCAACAGAGGACGGGGCAGAAAUGGGUCACAGUUUUUUAUAACAACUAAACCUGCACCGCAGUUGGACCGCCUUCAUGUUGUUUUUGGACAACUUAUUUCUGGCCAUGAAGUGGUGAGGGAAAUUGAAAAUCAGAAAACUGACAUUUUUGAGAAGCCAUACAUUGAGGUCAAAAUAAAGGACUGUGGAGAAUUGACUCAAAAAUCAGAAGCUAAGACAGCAGAGGACAUAAGCUCCUAUAACUCAGACUGCACCCCAACAUUCGUCUUACCUCAUAGCUCCAAACGUCACGUAGAACAGGAUGAAUACAACAGCUAUGAGCAAAACAACAAAAAGCUCAGAAAGUCAGGGAGUAAGAAUCGGAAAUAUCCUAAAACAAAACAGCCUUUAAGAAACAAGAACAGAAAAAACAAGGAAAGGUUGAGGUCAAGAAUGAGAGGCAGUAACAAAAUUAAAAGUGUGAUGCAUGACGCACGAGAAAUACUUGAUAGCAAGAAGAAAGAUUCAGUAACAACAAACUUACAACAGGCUAAUAACAACCAUGGAAGCCGCAAAAGAAAGCAUUUUGGGUGUGACGGUCCUCAGAACAAGCUGCCACGAUUGUCGCAGGAGUGA